AAAUCUCAGCUUUUCAGGCUCAGUGGUUCAGAAGAACUUGCAGCAAUUUUGUAUAGGGAAUCAAAGUAUUGUAUUGCUCUUUAUCAAUACUUAUAAAGAGAGUAACGAUGUUACUAAUUCAAUUGUGGAUAUGUUGAAUAGAAGAUAUGUUGCUUUCUCUAAAUGAAUUAUUGCACAUCAAUUGAUCAGUGAUAUCAUUAAUUCAAUUGAGGAAAACAAUAAUUCAAUCAUUGCGCACAUUAGGCUAAUUGAAUUGAUGCUUGCAUUAAUUGAAUUAUUGCUCUUUUCAACUCAAUUUUAGCGCGCAUCAAUUCAAUAUUGUUGAUUUUAUCAAUUCAAUAUUGUUGAUUUUAUCAAUUUAUUGAAAGAGAGCAACAAUUCUGCGCAUCAUUUCCGCAGAAUAUAAUUAAAGCUAUCAACGAUUCAAUCCACGCGUGCAACAAUUCAGAAUUAAAGAUAUUAAUUAUCUGAAAAGAUCAUAAUACUUUCAAUCAGUUUAAGAUAUCUUCUUUUAUUUGAGUUUUUGUUUAUUUGGCGCUCCAUAAUUAUUAUGUGUAAUACAAACGCUAUUAUUGAAACUCGAUAGUGUGCAUAGUAUUAAAAUACCACAGAAUUAUGUUUGUAACCUCGUUUUGAAUGCCACGAUCGACUGAUCAUGCAAUCAGUUCACGCAAGCAUAUGAAUUGAUUGUGAACGCGAUGGUUAUGUGGAGUUUGUUUCUCGCCUUCGUGGUAAUUCUGUUGUAUGUAUGGUGGAAGAAAACUUCCCGAGACCCUGCCUUACCCCCCGGGCCGCCCACCGUGCCUUUUGUGGGAAAUCUAUUCUCCAUGUCUCCAGACUCGAUGCUGGAGAGUUUUCAGACAUACAGGAAGAAGUAUGGAGAUGUUUUCAGUCUGAUUACUGGCACCAAAACAAUGGUCAUUGUGAAUGGAUUGGACACAAUACGAGAUAUUUUCAUAAAACAUGGCGAUAUUGUUUCCGAAAGACCGGAUAUUUUUGUUGCGAAACUUGCCCACUACAAAGGAGUUAUAUCUGCUUCCGGUGAACUGUGGAAAGAACACAGAAGCUUUUCCCUCAAUGCCCUCAGAGAGUUUGGAUUUGGAAAACGAAGUUUGGAAUCGAAGAUAAUGGAGGAAGUGGGUGUUCUUGUUCAGGAACUUCAGUCAAAAAAUGGAGAACCGUUCAAUAUUCAUACUCUGAUGGCCGUCUGUAUCUCAAAUGUCAUGUGUUCCAUCAGUUUUGGUCGGAGAUUCGAACAUGACGACAAACAUUUUCAGUUUCUUAUUCAUUUAAUUAGCGAAAAUGUUAGCAAUGCCAAUGUGAUUUUUUUAGCUAGCAUAUUUCCAUUUUUGAGAUAUGUUCCUGGGGACCCCCUAAAGGUUAAGAAAGUGUCGCAUAAUACAGAUGUAAUUCGAGAAUAUCUUUUUCAAAUUAUCAAAGACCACGAAGAAAGCUUUGAUGAGAAUAAUGUGAGAGAUUUCAUUGACGUUUACUUGAAGAAGCUGAAAUCUGAGGAAAGCAACCCAAGCACAACUUAUGAUGUUGAACAGCUGAUGUGCGUUGUAAAGGAUCUUUUCUUCGCUGGAACAGAGACAACAACCACGAUACUAUUGUGGUUUGCCGUGUUCAUGAUCAGAAACCCGGAAGUACAAACUAAGAUGCGCAAGGAAAUCAAUGACGUCGUAGGAAGCUCUAGGUAUCCUAGUAUGGACGAUAAGCAAAAUCUACCAUACUCUGACGCGGUUCUUCACGAGGCUCUCCGAAGGGGAUGCAUUGCGCCAUUAGCUGUACCACAUGGACUGAAAACUGAUCUGAAAUAUAAAGAAUUCAAUAUUCCAAAAGAUGUCAUGUUAAUUCCAAAUUUAUAUUCCAUCCUUUUUGACCCAGAUAUUUUUGAAGACCCAGAGACUUUUCGACCAGAGAGAUUUCUAGAUGAUCAUGGCAAUCUUAUAAAUACUGACAAAGUUGUGACAUUUUCCGUCGGUCGUCGUGUUUGCCUGGGUGAAUCACUGGCUAGGAUGGAGCUGUUUUUGUUUGCUACAACUUUAGUACAGCGAUUUCAAAUCCUCCCCGCUGAUCCCGCGCACCUGCCAUCAUUAGACGGGGAUUUGGGAGUUACUUAUUGUCCGAAGGAAUUCUCACUCAGGGCAAUUAGUAUCUGAGGGUAUGAAGAACAUCUUGCUCAAACGGUUGGGCUAGAGGCUAUUCACCAAAAGUGAAGGAGGAUUCUGAAGUGUUGGGCUGUCACACCUAGACAUAUAUUGUGUCAGAACCUUUAUCGGCCGGCAGUCACUAUUUCAAUAUUGAACAUUGUAUCAAUCUGGCUGUGCUAGUACACGGGGUCAAUGUUAAGGUCCAGAGACAAGAUCCUGAGGUUGAAACAAAGUCGUUUAUUACUUUAUAUUGGGGAAGAAAUAUAGCGCAUGAUAAAUGCUAAAAAUGUACAAGCAAUUUCACUUCUAUGAUAAUACCACAUUGAUUUGUGAGUGCCCACCGUCCUUAAUUAUAAGUAUAUCGUAUCAUUGCACACAAACGGGAGGUGAAUGUGUUAAAUCUUUUUGUCCACUUUUCAGUUCAUGAGACAGAUAUGGGCAAUCAUUAGGCUGUACAAGUUAUAUGGGAAAUAUUAAAGCUAUUUACUGAUAUCAAUGAUAAUGUAUACGAGUAGUAAAGGUCUUGUGACUUUUUUUUAAAACUUCAUAUCAUUCGAAGACAUGACGUGUAUAUUACAUAAGUUAUGUGACGUUGUAUAUUACAUUUAAGUCACAUGACGUUGUAUAUUACAUGUAAGUUACAUGUAUGUGAUGUUGUAUAUUAUAUAUAGGUUAUGUUAUGACUUUGUACAUUACAUGUGAGUGACUUUGUAUAUUACAUAUAAAUCACAUGACUUUGUAUAUCGCAUGUAAGUUACAUACCUUUGUAUAUUAUAUAAAUUACUAUGUCACAUGACUUUGUUUAUUACAUGUAAGUCACAUGACUUUGUAUAUCGCAUGUAAGUCACAUGACUUUGUAUAUUGCAUGUAAGUUAUGUACCUUUGUAUAUUAUAUAUAAGUCACAUGACUUUGUAUAUUACAUGUUAGGAUAUUUACAUUCUGAAAUGUAACCAAUCUGAUAAUCUAUACAGCUUUUUGUUUUAAUAUACAUGAUUAUCAUUUGUUGUAAAUCAUAAUGAAGUAACUCGGAAUACAAUUCGUACAUGAGCAUGUAGAUACGGCGUUUGUAUUAAUUUAUACACCUUUUGGUAUUGAUAUACAUGAUUAUUUUUGUUGUUGUUGUAGUGGUAAAUCAUAUUGAAAUGAAUUCACUCAGAAUAUAUAAUUCGUAAAUGAGCAUGUAAA